GGGUGCAAAAUUAAGGCCUUACGUGCUAAAACAAAUACAUAUAUUAAAACUCCAGUUCGCGGAGAACAACCUGUAUUUGUAGUCACUGGACGACGGGAAGAUGUUGUAGCUGCCAAACGAGAGAUUCAGUCCGCUGCUGAACACUUUUCGCAAAUACGUGCAGCUCGUAAAGCUAAUGCUGCAACUGGUAACGUAGUAACCAGUAGUAUAGGAAACACAAGCCAUGGACCUCCAUCACCUAAUGCUCCUGGCCAUGUAACAAUUAAAGUUCGUGUACCUUAUCGUGUGGUUGGUUUAGUUGUUGGGCCAAAAGGUGCAACUAUUAAGAGAAUUCAACAACAAACUAAUACUUACAUUGUAACUCCAUCAAGAGAUAAAGAACCAAUCUUUGAAGUAACUGGUUUACAAGAUAACGUGGAAAGAGCAAGAGAAGAGAUCGAAGGUCAUAUAGCUACAAGAACUGGAGGGACUGUUGACACUAACGGUGAUGACUCUGAUUAUCAAUCGAGU